AUGGCAGACUCCUUCACUUUCCUUUUCACCCUUCUCUUAUUUUCACUCACAAAACCCAUGAUUUCUCAACAACAAUACGACCAUACUCCAUGCAACACCACCAUCCCUCUCCUCAACAUCUCCACUUACUCCUGCAACUCCAACACCAAAACCUGUAACACCUUCAUCAUCUACAGACCUCAAUCCAACCAAACACUUUCCGCCAUUGCCACCCUUUUCAACGUCAACGAAUCCCAGCUCAACUCCACAACCCAUUUCCAAGAUCGUGAAGUCAUAGUCCCAAUCAUCUGCAAUUGCCCCGACUGGUCCUCUAGAUCCAUCGUCAAUUACACUAACUUUAACGCAUAUUCGUUUCCAGAUAUCGCUUGUGGAGUCUACCAAGGGCUCGUGAAGCCGUUUGUUUUAGCACAACAAAACGGAAACCUUCAUGGGACACCACUUGUUAGAGUACCUGUUAAGUGUGCGUGUGUUAACACAUCUAACGAGAGAAAUGAUACGAGGUAUCUUGUUACAUAUCCUGUAAUGGAAAAUGAUACACUUAAUAUGAUUGCAUUGAAGUUUGGUGUGACGGUAGGGUCCAUCCAUGAAGCAAAUGAGAUGGACCCACGACAAACCAUUUUCGAGGGCACCACGUUGUUGGUCCCAACAACGGGUGUCCCUGUCUUGAAUUUGGAUCAUACAGUUAAUGAUCCAAGUUCACAUGACAUCAUUCCGGUUACUGGAAUCUUGAAUCGUAGCACUGGAACGAGGUUUUCGAUUCUCUUUCUCAUUGUAUUUUCGACAAUUUUUCUUUUCGUUGUACUUUUGUUUCUAGUUUUUAUAAAAUGGAAGCUUCACCACCGCGAACCAUCGCCGGUGUCCAUACCGGGAUCAGAGUUUAACCGUUGUUCGCCCGAUUUACUCGAUGGUAUGUUGAAAUUGAAACACUCUUUAACGAGCUUUAGUAUCGAUGAGCUUAGACUCGCUACAAAUGACUUCUCAGAAUCUUCGUUCAUUGGGAAAUCGGUGUGUAAAGGUCGAAUCACCAAAGAUUAUUUUGUGGCGAUUAAGGAUAUGAAUUCGAUCAAAUUCGCUAAUCAUGUUGUGAACAUUUUGACCACAAUCAACCAUUUUAAUGUGGUCAAAAUCGAAGGGUAUUGUUUUGAUAUGGACAAGUCUUAUUUAGUCUUCGAAUAUACCGAAAAUGGAAGUUUACGGGAUUGUUUGCGUGAAUCGAAAACAAGAAAACAUUUAACUUGGGGGAAACGAUUGAAGAUUGCAUUCGAUCUUGCAGAAGGUUUGCAUUACAUACAUUAUUGCACAAAGCCGAUGUAUGUUCACCGGAAUAUAAGCACUGGAAACGUGUUGAUAACGACGGAUUGUAGGGCAAAAAUCUCGGGGUUUGACUUUGCAACACCCGUAAUUUACACUGUGGAGGUGGAGGGAGGCGGAGGAAUUUGGCCAAAAUCAGCGUUAGUCGAGGAGACUACGGUGGAUGUGUACGCUUAUGGGGUUGUUUUGGUGGAGCUUUUAUCUGGGAAAGGGGCGGCCACGGGGAGAAAAUGGUUGGACGGUGUCGAAUUUGCGGUGGAUGGUGGUGUUUCCUCGGAGUGUUUGGAGAAAUUUAAGAUGUUUAUGGAUGGAGAUUUGGAAGGGGAGUAUGGUUUAGGGGAUGCAAUGUGUUUAGCACUUUUGGCUAAAUGUUGCAUACAAGAUGACCCCCAAUAUAGGCCUACUAUGAAUGAUGUUCUUAAGAAUCUUUCAAGAAUCCUAUAA